AUGUCAUCAUCAACAUCUUCAUCAUCACUUCUACUUUGUGUCUUAGUUAAAAGCGCAAAAAUCCAAUUAUCCGACAAUGAAUGUUGUUCAUAUGUUGUACUUAAAAUUGAUAACGUUAAAUCAACAACAACUGUCGUCAAAGGUUCAACGCCAAGUUGGGAACAAGAAUUUUAUUUUGAUGUACCAGAUCGUUCAGCUGGACUUCAAAUUGAAUUAUGGGAACGUGGUCAAUUUUGGGAUAAACUUCUUGGAUUAUAUCAUAUACGUUUAGAUCGUAAUGAUGAACAAUUAAAUACAGAUCUAUCAAGUGCUCAUGAAAGAUGGAUA